AUGGUUGCGGCGCGAUUUGUCAAGUGUAAGGACUUUCGAAUGGGAUCGUUCGUAGGAUUGACGAUCGUGCUGUUGCUAGCGGAAUGUCGGGGAGAUUACAUGAUGGGUGGACAUUUGGAUAACAAGGAGGACCAAGGGACGAUGGAGCACCGCAGCGGUGGAGACGAGUUGAUAGCGAGUGAGUCCGAAUUGCGGAGGCCGAGUCUGGAGGAGGUGGAUCACGAGUUCGAUCUCGAGCUGGAUCUUUUCGGGGAGCAGAGCGGAGCCGACCCGACUCGAAUAAGCAUAGUGAACAGCAGCAGCGGAAGCUCGUCUGCGGGAGAGGAAGCAACGACGAACGAGGAUCCGUCGACGGGUCCGAGGUACCGCGUUCUUCCCUACGCUUUCAACGGGGGCCACCCAUUUUCUCUGGAGAAGGAUCCGAUUACCGGACAAAUUGACUUCGAAAAGGCUCCGCCUUUGAAAGCCCUCGAGUAUCACGUGAAAACGCCGCCCCGGACGGAGGAGCCCGAGGCUGAGAGGGAGGGCGAGAGUUCGAGCGUCGAUUCGUCGAGCCAUCGACAGGAGGACGAGGAGAGCGGAGCCCUCGGACCUAACGAGAUAAAUCCUUACUCGCCGAGUUUCCACGAUUUCCUCAACUUGCCAGUCCGCUAUACCUACGACAAGUACAAAAAUUCUGAAAAGUAUCCACUCAUAUCGAAUUCUUACGCGAACACCAAAGUUCAAAGCGGCUCGAACAGCUACAACACUUACAAUCACAAAAAGUAUCACGAAGCUGUUAAAUCCGGCGUCGACGUGCAAACCCUGUACGUACAACCGUCGAGGAAGACUUACGCCCAGUCGAUCACAAAAACGAGCACGACACAGACGAUCAGCACGAAAGCCGCGACGACCACGACGACCGCGAGGCCGAACACGACGAAUAAAAUGACAACGACCUCGAGCACCACUACGAGCACGACUCCAGCACCCCCGAGCACCGCGACAACGAAACGCUCGCGCUAUCCAGCCGUCACUACCUGGAAACCUCAACGAAAACCGAGCGGCCCGAGCGUUUACGGUACGUACGAUGACUACGAGGGCACCUUGCCCAUCGAGAGACUCCAACAGAACAAUCCCGAGAAAGAACAAACGACGACGACCGCGACGACAGAAAAAUCGCGUUACCAGACACCGCCACCGCGACCAAAAACCGAGCAGAAAAAACCGGAGCCUGAGAUGGAGAAAAACGAUGAGUACGAGGAAGGCUACGACGAGGAUUACGACCGAAUUUUACAAAUUUCGGAUCAACCGAACCAGCCCGGUGACAACGAUCGUUUGAACGACUCUCAGGAUGAUUAUUCUUAUGGGAUUAUGGAUUUUGUUGGGGGAUUGAGACCUUCGACAGAGCCGCCGACGAGCACGAGUCCUCCGAGCAGCACAACGACGCAGCAGAGUUCCGGAUACCCGAGCGAAACGACCACGAGCACAACCUCGAUCCCAGUGACGACGAGCGACGUCUCAACGACUCUGGUCCCGAGGGACGAUGAAAAUCGUACGACGACGAAAGCUUCGGAGGAAAAGAGGGUUACGUCGAUGCCGCUCGACACGAUUGGCUACAACGAGAAUUACCGAGUUCCGAAUUAUGGCAACGGCGGAGGGAUCAUCGGUACUAUCGAUAAUUCCAUUCCCAAUAACAAUCUUCAUUAUCAACAAAAUCGACCAUCCAGCAAUGAUAAAUAUUAUCCGAGACCACCGCUUGGAAUGCCAUCCGGUGGAAUCGUGGUGAAAAGCACCAGCAACGUCGUCGUGCCUCCGGGCCAGGACACGGUUUCCUUCGUCCUGGGUAACCGUCAAAGUGUCGGAAGCGUGAGCGACGCCGGUGCCGAUUUUUACGGCGUUCAUUCGCCAGGUCCGACGAACGAGAGGCCGAGCGUCACCUUCGGCAAAAUCGGCAGUUCUCGGCCGGUCGACAAUUUCGGAGGUUCGAUGAUCGUGUCCGCUGGAAUCGGCGUUGGCUCCAAUCCCAUUGGCCCUUACCAUCAACGACCUUCGACGAGUGGCAGCAGCUUCGAUCACACGGUUGUGACCGUCGGGAUGCCGACCGUCGACAUCGUCAAUCCGGGCGAAUCGGGCUCCAACAAAAAGCCGGACUCGACGAGCAACGCUUUGGACACUUUGGCUCAGCAGUGGUGGGCCUCGACGAGCUCAUCUGCAAAUAAUAAUCAACAAUCGGUAUCAGAAGCCUCUCAAGACCCGACGAAUCAACAGUUUGGUUACAGAGUCGUCUUUCCUGACGAAUCGAGUCAAAGCUCCGGUUUAACGGGCAAUGAAAAUUCUUCGGGGACUCAGAGGCCCGUCGAGGAGCACGUGAUCGUUGUUCACGAGUCGGAGAUCGGUAACGGAAACACUCUUCAUCUCGAUUUGUCUUCUCAAUCUACUCCCAGCCCAACGACUAAUUACCAUCACGAAACGACGACUCAGCAGCAUCUACCGGUGAAUCCGGACGAAAAAUUGUUGCCAGAAUUGUCUGAGAGUUUGACUCCACCGGCGGAGAGGCCGAAUAUACUGCCAUCGGGUAUUCAACGCCCUCCUUCGUAUAAUUACUACCACCAUUCGUCCUAUCCCCCGGGUAAUUCGAGGCCGAACGAUUACAGAGGCCCUGGGAGAUUGCCAACGCCUCCGAGCAACAAUUACAAGCGAAGACCCACCGCGAGCAUCGAGUCUAAUCUGCCAAAUAUUUUGCCCCAAUUUCGGCCAAACGCUAAAACCUCCCACGGGCAUAACCGAGGCGAAACCAUAGGAACGAUUCCUGCAGGCUCGGUGCCUCCUUACGUCAAUUCGAGAAUUCGCAGGCCACCGGGCCACGUCCAUCAUCAUCAUCCACCUCCUCAUCGUCACGCGACGUCGCGAAGGCCAAGCGGUCCCCCGCAUCUUCAACGUUUGAAUCCACCGCCCCUGCCACCGCCGCCGCCACCGAUUUCGUCCUUGAGGUUACCGACGCCGGCCUCGUUGAUCGCUUCCCCGAAUCUUGGUCAUAGCCAGCACGAUUCUGUAAAUAAAAAUAGCGACAGCAUUAGACUUGGUGGCCCGAACAGAUUGCACAAGGUUUCCCUGGGAGCUCCGCCGAGUUUAUCGAUAGACGAGCGUCACCAUCAACCGAGCGGUUUCGUCAACACUCAGCCGGUAAAAUCGCGCCUGGAGGACGACACCCUCGAGAGAUUCUCGGCCGAGCCUCCCGUCAGACUUCCCUACUUCACGAAACGCACGACAAGCGGCGAAUCCGACGGCAUUCCUCGAAUAGCGACUCUGCAGAUGAUCCAGCAACACUCCGGACCCCGGGACGAUGACGAGGUCAGACCGAAUUUGCCUCCGCCUUACAGAUUCAACGACGAGCCCUCGCUGGGUCUGCUCAGCAACGAGAAAGGCGAAGGAAACGUGGAAAAUUCAUCGGGAGUUAAAACCGAUCGACGCGGGGAUGUGAACGAAGAAAAAUCGCAAGUUUCUCAACAAGGAAACGAAGCUACCCGCGCUGAUUACGUCGACACAGUUGACUCCCCCGUUUACGUUGUUUAUCCUGUCAAAGGAGCUUUGGAUAUUCGACCAACCAGCAACGACGACGGGGACCAGGACGACGGGAGUGUAGUCCUCGGUACAUAUGGCUCGCAACGUCCCCUUCCACCGGACACUCUUCUCAAAGACUCGGAAGAUAACGACCCCGGCGAGAGUCCGUUCGGAGCUCCCACGAUCGUUAACGUUUCGCCAUCCUUCACAGAGACCUCGGGACCGCAGUUGGCCUCCGAUUUUCCAUAUCCUCUCGAGAGGCCCGAUCCCUCGAUGUUCACAAGUCAAUUGCGAGAAAAGCCUUCGCUCGUGCCAACCGAACAGCAGAACAAUGGUGAGAGAUUGGAGAUCGGUGUGAACGAGGAGAAAAUAAGCGAGGAAAAAAGUAGCGAGACCGAGGGCGUUCGAGACAUUGAGAGAGACGCGAGCGUCAACGUCAUUCCGUAUCUUCAAGAUCAUGUGCCUUUCACGCUGAAAGAAAACGCCGGAGUUAUUUCGGCGACUCUUCAUCGUCUGGGCUCCAGUGCCUCGAUCGUUGCAGCUUCCUCGACUCCGAUAGCUUACGUUUACACACCGACGACCCGAGCUCCGGUGAGAAGACACGAGGAUCCUUACGUCCAAGGAAGUUUCGAGCGUGGUCCAGUUCUAUUGCCAUCCCAGCAGCCGUCCAGUUCCUCGAGCUCAGCGCCUUCUCCUCAGAGUUUCAUGGCCCCGUUCGUUGCGAGCGCCAGUGCAGAAGCGCCCUCGAAAAACGGCUGGAGCGUCGUGAUGCCGGGUCAAUCAGCCGGCGAAGAUUCGAGCAUGGAUCGACGUCGCCACGAUCCACCGAGCCAGAAAAACGAUAAAUCGACGAGCAGCGAGGAAGAAAAGCCUGCCGAAGUUAACACGGAAUCCAAGAUCAAGGAUGAGGACAAUAAACGAGUGAAAGAUGAUUAUAAAGCUGUGGAACCUUCUCAAACGGAAGAGACCGACUCGCAAACCGAAAAGAGCGAAUUUGACGUUGAAAACUUCACGCCGCAACUGUUCGGAGGGUUCAAGCCCAUUUUUGAAUUCCCAUCUGACAGCGACACCGAGCCAAACAUCGGUGACAAGGUCACCGACGACUCUGGAUCUAUGAUCGAACGGCCACGAUCCGAGACCGGUUGAACAUCAAUCUUCAAGUUAUUUCACCGAGCUCGAGACUGCCUGGAUGGAAGAAACGAUACGAUUUAGCGAGCACGAUAUUCGGGUGGGACGAAGGGAGAGAGAGAGGCAAAAAGAGGCUGAAAUUUAGCAGCUCUGGAACAAAUAUUCCCUCCAUAAAAAACUGACUUAGAAAACUUACGUAUUCCAGAGAAAUCUUCUUUCUCUCUCUCUCUCUCUUGGUCUCGCACCUCACCGGUAACGAUUUUGUUGCGGGGAAAU